AUGGGGCGACCAAAUCUGCAUAUCGUGGACAUCCUCGAACACAUUUGCGAGCAUGCCGAGCCAGGAUCACUCGUUAUGAUGGCCCGCACCACGCGGGCGUUUCAUGAAUCGGCCAUUCGUGUCCUCUGGCGCGAUCUCCCCAGUCUCGAACCCCUGAUUUACUGUUUCCCCGCGGAUGCCUGGACUAUAAUUCAGAGGUCGAAAUUCGUGAGUCUUCUCGUUUUCUUGGGCAACAGCCUACAUGAAUUUACUCCUAUCGCCGUUCGGGCCGGGCAGAAACUCACGCGCAUCGUGACACCGAAGGAUUGGACAGCGGUCCUGAAGUACGCCGCCUACGUGCGCCGCUUUAUCACGACGGGACCUACCUAUGGUUUCAAGCUCAAGCUGGAGGCCGCUGUUUGGGACACGAUGUGCUGGCUACGGCCGACAGCCGUCCUCUUUCCCCAGUUACGCUCCUUGCGCUGGGAUGUAGUGCGCCUUCCGGACAAGUAUCUCCCAUCCUUCCUUAUCUGCGCGGGUACAAAUCUCGAUCGCCUCGAACUUCAAGACUUUUCCUACUACGACGAGACAGUCCGGGCAAGCCUGGGGAUCCUCGCCGAACACUGCCCAGGGUUACGUGAAGUACUCGUCCCGUCCUUCGGUCCCUGCACGCUGACUUCCGAAAUAUGA